CGGAGAGCUGGCGCAGCUGCUGUGGUGGCAGCAGCUCAAGUGGCGGUGGCGGUGGCGGCUGCAACAGCUCUGGACUCGGGGCUUUGGUGGCGGCGCCGGCGGGCUGAGCUGCGCGGUGCAGACGCCGGUGUGCGGUCCGGGUUCCUGGGGCGGCGCGUACUCUAGAAGAUGCCCCUCAUGGAGGAGGUUCUGAGAAGCACCUCUGGCUCGGUGGCUGUGAAAGAGCAGCUGUGUGAAGCCCUGGCCAUUGCCUCCUGAGGACCGUGGGGAGGAAACCAUGGCCGUGAGCUUAGAUGACGAYGUGCCCCUCAUCCUGACCUUGGACGAGGGUGGCAGUGCCCCUCUGGCUCCCUCCAAUGGCCUGGGUCAAGAGGAGCUGCCCAGCAAAAAUGGGGGCAGCCAUGCCGCCCACGACUCCCGGGCCCCCAAUCUGGUCUCUGGCGGAGAGAGCCCCCCCUCCAGCCCCUCCAGCCACAACUGGGAGAUGAACUAUCAAGAGGCAGCCAUCUACCUCCAGGAAGGCGAGAACAACGACAAGUUCUUCACCCACCCCAAGGACGCCAGGGCGCUGGGGGCCUACCUCUUCGUACACAACCACCUCUUCUACCUGAUGGAGCUGCUGACCGCCCUGCUGCUGCUGCUGCUGUCCCUGUGUGAGGCGCCUGCCGUCCCCGCACUCCGGCUCGGCAUUUACGUCCACGCCACCCUGGAGCUGUUUGCGCUGAUGGUGGUGGUGUUCGAGCUCUGCAUGAAAUCGCGGUGGCUGGGCCUCCACACCUUCGUCCGGCACAAGCGGACCAUGGUCAAGACCUGCGUCCUGGUGGUGCAGUUCGCGGAGGCCAUCGUGGUGCUGGUGCGGCAGACGUCCCACGUGCGGGUGACCCGGGCCCUGCGCUGCAUUUUCCUGGUGGACUGCCGGUACUGCGGCGGCGUUCGGCGCAACCUGCGGCAGAUCUUCCAGUCCCUGCCCCCCUUCAUGGACAUCCUGCUCCUGCUGCUCUUCUUCAUGAUCAUCUUCGCCAUCCUCGGUUUCUACUUGUUCUCCUCCAACCCUGCUGAUCCGUACUUCCACACGCUGGAGGACAGCAUCGUCAGCCUGUUCGUCCUCCUGACCACGGCCAAUUUCCCAGAUGUGAUGAUGCCCGCCUACGCCCGGAGCCCCUGGUCCUGCGCCUUCUUCAUCGUGUACCUGUCCAUCGAGCUCUACUUCAUCAUGAACCUGCUCCUGGCCGUGGUGUUCGACACCUUCAGUGACAUCGAGAAGCGCAAGUUCAAGUCUCUGCUGCUGCACAAGAGGACUGCCAUCCAGCACGCCUACCGCCUCCUUGUCAGCCAGCAGAGGCCCGCGGGCAUCUCCUACAGGCAGUUCGAAGGCCUAAUGCGCUUCUACAAGCCCCGGAUGAGYGCCCGGGAGCGCUUUCUGACUUUCAAGGCCCUGAAUCAGAGCGACUCACCUCUGCUCAGCCUGAAGGACUUCUAUGACAUCUAUGAAGUCGCCGCCCUCAAGUGGAAGGUCAAGAGAAACCGAGAGCACUGGUUCGACGAGCUUCCCAGGACCGCGUUCCUCAUCUUCAAAGGAAUCAACAUCCUGGUGAAGUCCAAGGCCUUCCAGUAUUUCAUGUACUUGGUGGUAGCAGUCAACGGGAUGUGGAUCCUCGUGGAGACGUUUAUGCUGAAAGGCGGGAACUUUUUCUCCAAGCGCGUGCCCUGGAGUUACCUGGUCUUUCUCACCAUCUAUGGGGUGGAGCUGUUCCUGAAAGUUGCUGGCCUGGGCCCCGUGGAGUACCUGUCCUCAGGCUGGAACCUGUUCGACUUCUCCGUCACAGCCUUCGCCCUCCUGGGACUGCUAGCUCUGGCCCUCAACAUGGAACCCUUCUAUUUCAUAGUGGUCCUGCGUCCCCUCCAGCUGCUAAGGUUGUUUAAGCUGAAGAAGCGAUACCGCAACGUGCUGGACACCAUGUUUGAGCUGCUGCCCCGGAUGGCCAGCCUCGGCCUCACCCUGCUCACCUUCUACUACGCCUUCGCCAUCGUGGGCAUGGAGUUCUUCUGCGGCCUGCUGUACCCCAACUGCUGCAACACCAGCACGGUGGCGGACGCCUACCGCUGGCUGAACCGUACAGAGGGCAACCGCACGGUGGUGGAGGAGGGCUACUACUACCUCAACAACUUCGACAACAUCCUGAACAGCUUCGUGACCUUGUUCGAGCUCACGGUUGUCAACAACUGGUACAUCAUCAUGGAAGGGGUCACCUCGCAGACCUCCCACUGGAGCCGCCUGUACUUCAUGACCUUCUACAUCGUGACCAUGGUGGUGAUGACCAUCAUCGUGGCCUUCAUCCUGGAAGCCUUCGUCUUCCGAAUGAACUACAGCCGCCAGAACCAGGGCUCGGAAGUUGACAGUGGCAUCACCCUGGAGAAGGAGAUCUCCAAAGAGGAGCUGGUGGCCAUGCUGGAGCUCUACCGGGGGGCGCCCGGGGCCGCCUCCGACGUCACCCGGCUGCUCGAGACCCUCUCGCAGAUGGAGAAGUACCAGCAAAACUCCCUGACGUUCCUGGGACGGAGAUCGAGGACCAAAAGCGACCUGAGCCUGAAGAUGUACCAGGAGGAGAUCCAGAGGACGUGGGGACGCGCAUCGCAUACGUGGACGCCUCACAUGGAUGCACAUACCUGCAGAGAGGAGAGCCGAGGACCAGCUGACCUUGGGUCKACCGGCCCGUCUUCCUGAACCCCACGGCGGCCGGUUGAGGGCCUUGGCCAGUGCGUUCGGCCGCUGUGGAGGGCUCCAGAAGCCCCUUUACGGACCCCCCGAGCCUGGCCUGAUAACCAGGCUGCCCUGGUCAGGCCAGCACCCCCUGUGUCCCUGCUGGGCUCACAGGCAGGCUCCCACCCACCAGUGUCCCCACUGACCCCGUGGCCCUGUCACAGCACCUGUGUCUGGCUCUAGGGACAGAACCACUAAGGAAGGAAGGAACCCAAGUGCCCCGGGCAGUGUCAUAGAUGGUGUCAUAGAUGCUCCUGUGGGCCACACCUGUGACCUGUGGGAGGGUGAGGAGGACCGAGGUCUCGCCUGCGGGCAGCUCUCAGGAGCCAGAUGGGYGCUGGAGACGCACUAGCUGGCCUGGGAUCCUGCCCCCUGAGCUGCCCCGAGCCCCUCCCACCCUGCGGUCCAGACCUUGUUGCUGGAUGUCCUUCUACAGUGACUUUGUGCAGAAUCCAUGCCACCAGGAAGAGGGGCAGGCGAGAGGCCCAGGGCCCGGCCGGUUCCUGAGGGACCUCUCGGCUCACUCCCUCUCCUUGCUAUCCGCUGGGGUGGCAGCUUAUGCGGGGGACAGCGGUGGCCCUUCACACGUGUGUGUAUCCUCGCUGCUGGAUUGGAGCAGGCCACUCAGGGACAAUUGUGGGGACAAACAGUGGCAGCCCCAGCACAGCCCCCACCGCACCUUGGGCACUGAGGCCAGAGUGGGCUUGGCCUGACCUUGGUUGGCCAGGAGUCCAGGCAAACACUCAGCCAUGGGCGUCCCGGGGUGUCCGAGCAAGGCAGUGCUGGUGGUGGUGGCAGAGUGAGGUCAGAGGGGGCUUUGGCCCAGCUGUCCUGGCARGUGCCAGCAGACACAGGGGAGGACAGACGGCCAGGAGCAGGCACCAGCCUGGUGGUGUCCUGGGCCAACCUGGCUCCAGCCACCUCCACGCUUCCUGUGGCCUGGGGCAAGGGGUGGACAGAGGCCCCGGAGCCUGAUCCCAGGGAGCCUGAUCCCCAUGGCGCUGCGGCCUGCAGCAGCCUCUGCAGGCCUGGGGCGGGGGGGGGGGGUCGCUCUUAAAGCCCUUGGGGAAACUGAGUCUUUAAGCCGUGAUCCCAGGGUUGUCAGGAGGCUGACGUUGCCUCUUGGUCUUUGGAGGGCCACUGGCCAUGCGGGAGCUCAAAGUGGAGCCCCAGGCCACACCCUUCUCUCCAGAGAAGGGACUUCAUUUGCACAACCGGGUGCCUUUUACCUUGUGUAUUCAAACGGGCAUUCUGGAAGCAGGGAGGGGGCAGUUGCUAGAGGAGGACAGGGGUUCCUGACCUGAGCACCCAGGCCUCUUCUAGUCCCUUCCUCUACCCGGGGGCUGAGCCCCCAACAGGAGGCCGGCCCUGUUCCAGGGGUGCCCAGUCCAUUCCCAGCCCUGGCCUGGCGGAGCCCCUGGCUUCAGUCAGAACCAGGUGGGCAAGGUGUGCCGACGGGAGGGGGGACUGGGGACAGCUGUCUCCACAGGGUUCCCUGUGGUCCUGUCCAGCUGACCCUCAAGCUCUCCCACCAAGCAGGGGACAGCUGUCACCCCAGAUGUGAUCCCUGAGUGUCUUGGGACCUCCUCUAGCUCRGAUGCCUCCCUCACCUGUUACAGCUGAAGGGGACCAGGUGGCCCUUGCUACCAGCUGGGUCACAGCCUGGCAGGGGUAGCGUGGCCCUGUGCACCCUUCCCGGUGAGGCGGUGGCACUUUGGGGAGGACGCCUCCUGCCCCCUGCUUCUCCCCACCCAGCCUUACUCCACCUUGCAGACAAUCAUUUUGUAUGACGGCGGGGCGGCGCCGGGGUCUUGUACAGGUGACUUGUUACCUGGGGACCCGCCGUGUCCCUGGAUUCCUGGCGUAUUAA